AUGAUCUUUAGAAAAAAAGAUGAAAAUCCAUCAAUUAUCUCACGUAUGAAAAAUCUAAAGAAUAGAAUUGGUAGAAAAAUCCUUAAUUUCAUGCUAUUCUUUUUCACUGCGCAAUUUGUUUAUAAGAUGUCGAGUAUUACAUGGGGAUUAAAAAAUAAUCAUAGAAAAUUAUCACCAGAAGAAAUUAAGAGAAUACCAAAUGAAACUAAUAAUGAUGCUAUCCAGACACAACAUUAA